AAGCUAUUGUGGUAUUACUCAUACAUCUUACUAAAACAUGUCGCAUUAAAAAAUAUUAUCUGUACAGCUUUUUCACAUGGUAACUGAAACCUCCACAGUCAUCUGCACAACAGUGGUAUGCUGAGCAUUAGUUAGUAGCCUUGGAAUGUUUUAAUUGAAAGAGAAAAUGUUUUGGAUCAUCUGCCAAAAACAAAUCGACUUUAAUCUAUCUCAUUGGCUAAGCAUUUUUCGUAAACUUCACUUUUAAUGUUUUUUAUGUACAGGGUAUCUAAAAGCUAACAGUGUUUCAAAGAAAUCAUGCUUUCAAUGUGACAUUUAUGUGUUCAAAUGUUGAAGAAUUGUGGAAAUGUUAAAAUUCCGAAGAACUAGUGGUGUCAAAACAGAGCAGAUUAUCGCUGAUGGCAACCAAAAUAGUAAUCCUGAUUUGGUUAACAACAACAACAAUAGCCAGACGGGUGUCAGUGGUUCAAAUGAUCAUGGAACUGACAGAAAAAUAUCACAUUUGGAUAACAGAAAUGACCAUGGUGACAACAAAAAUGCUAAAUUUGGAUUUAAUACCAACCGAACCCCAGGUGACAUGUCAAUGUCACAGAAGAUCUACACUGACUGGGCCAACCACUACCUAGAGAAGGCGCGCAGCAAGCGGUAUAUAUCUGACCUGCAGACGGACGUGACAGACGGCGUACUUCUAGCAGAUGUCAUCGAGGCUGUCACUAAUGAAAAACUUCAGGACAUCAAGAUGAAGCCAAAAAACAAUACCCAAAUGAUUGAGAAUAUCAACACAUGUCUGACAUUUCUAGUAAACCUGGGGGUCAACAUUGAUGGGAUAACUGCCAAAGACAUUCGUGAUGGCAAUUUGAAGGCGAUUCUAGGGCUGUUCUUCAGUCUUUCCCGCCACAAACAGCAGCAAAAGACACAACAACAACAACACCAGCAACAGCUGAAACAAGAACAGAGACAUUUGGCUGGGGAAUACGCUGAAAAGGGAGGAAACUCUGUUAAUGGAGAGGACAGUCAGUCCAGACUGCCCUCAUACAAUCGCCCACCGGCUAGCGGCAAGUGCCAGUCCACUUCACAUCCAUCUUCCAAGGACCCAGGACAAGGUCGUACUAAAGGUCAAGGUCAAUCUUCCAGCAAGAUCCGGCAACCUUCACAGGCAGUAAACGGUGUUGAGGUAAACAGCAUCUCUGACCCUGGUGUUUCUGCUCAGGCUAUCCCAUCAACCCCCAGUACUGGGAUUCCAAUUCCAGGAGGGCGCAGCCUGCCACCUCGCAGCCAAUCAGCGACCCCUGACAAGUCCCCAAAUAGAUCCACGCAGUGUUCAACACCCACGCCGUCUGCUCAGCAGAAGAGCGGAAUUCCAAACAGCAAACAGAACUCUAUGUUGGAUAAAUUCAAACUCUUCAACUCCAACAAAGAAAAACAAAAGACAAAAAGUAGUGCAGGAAAAAGUUGUUCCAAAGGUGGUAGUGCAGGGACAAGUAGUGCUAGUACAAGUACUCUUAGUACAAGUUCGCGUAGUGAUACGUCAUCAUCUGUCAGUGCAAGAAGUUCAAGCUCGGCAGACGCUGGACCUAGCAGUAGUGCAACAAGUACCGCAAGUACUAAUGACCCUGAGAGCCCAAGGCUAUCUAAGGCCCGCCCUAUAGGGGGUGGGACUAUUUCUUCUGUAGAGCGUGAGAACAUCGGAGGAUUAACCAUAGGUCACCAACAGUCCCACCAGGCCUCCCCCUCCCCCUACAGUAGCUCCCUCCCGGCUACCCCCGUGUCCUCCCUCCCAGUGUCAUCCUCACACAGCAGAAAGUCUAGCGGGAAGUCUCCCAAAUCCAGCGAUGCCCAGUCGCGGAUGCAGUAUCAGCAGGGGUCACAGACUCUUGGGAAGCCAUCAAAAGGCGGGAGCCUGAUUCCAAAGUCAGGAAAAUCACAGAAAUCAUCCUCAACGCUUUCACUUGCAAGCUCUUCAUCGGGAUCUCAAAUUCCUACAUUCGUGAACUCUGUACCUUCGUCUACCUCAAUUCCAUCAUCAGGGGGCAGUUCUAUUGCGGCUCCAACUCUUACUUCUAUUCCAAAACCUCAGUCCUCGAGCAAGCUUGCAAAGUCCAACAAAGAGGAGAAAAUGCGAGGCAGUGGCUCUUCAAAAGAUAACCAGUCCACAGGCCAACAAAGUGGGACCCAGACUGGUAUUCCUCAGACACAGUCCAUGCAGACAACAAGUCUUCCUAGAAAGUCAAAAUCUCAUAGCUCAUCACAACAACAACAACAUCAGCAACAACAGCAGCAUCAUCAUCAACAACAAGUCAAGCAACAGUUACAACAACAAUACUACCAACAGCAACAGGAAAUGCAUCAACAAAGACAGCUGCAGCUUCAACAACAGCAGCAGCAACAACUACUUCAACAACAACAUCAACAGAAAGCCCAACAGCAACAAGCUCAUCAGAAAUCCCAGCAGCAACAGACGCCAGGGAAGUCUGCCACUCAGAAUGCUCAGUCUACCACAGCGCCCCCUAUUCCCCCCCACCGCAGUGGCAGCCAGGUUUCCAACCCUGACAGUCUGCAACAUCAGAAGUCUGCAUCACAGACAGAGGGAAUGACAUCACCCCAAGACAGCUCUACCUCACAAAAACCACGUUACACAGAAAUUGAAUACACCGACGGCAAGAUUGACGGCAUUGGCAAAGGUCAGUUUGCAAAGGCAACUAAUCAACCGCAAGCGAUUGUCAGCAGCCAAUCAGGAACCAGGGAUCUCAGUCACCCAUAUCUCAUUACUUCACAGUCUGUUAACGUUGUAAAACCAACCUGUAGUUCUCCCAAUCCGUUGACUGUAAAAUCGGAGGCUAUUUCCCAACCUAGUGUACCCAUAAUGCACAACCGGUCAGCUCAACCACCACCCUUACCUACGACUGAGCCGCCCCCUUCAACCAGGACCUCUGUGAAAAACCAACAGAAUAUUUCACAGUCAAACAAUGCAGGCCUGACCUCAAGUCAAGUAUCUAAUAGUAACCAACAAAACAGUGGACAGAACUCGCAACCUUCUUCGCCCAUCAGGAAAGAUUCAUUGACGACAAAGACUCCAGAUUCUCUGGAGGCUACACAUAGUACUAGUAGUUCUUCCAAUGAUAGUGUAAUACUCAAUACGAGCGCAACCAACUCUCCAAGGCUUGGAGUCAAACUAGGAUCCAACCCGACUCGUGCAAACAAUGUAGCCAUAGUUCAGCCACAUCACGGUGAAAAGAAGGAAACCACAUUUGAUAAGGAAGUUCGGACUGAUGUUAUUAGCAAGAAUGAAAAGGAUAACAAUUUAAAAGAUAAGUUGUUGAAAGACACUGAUAAAAAGGCAACAUUUAUCGCUGAUUCAGGUGAAACAUUGGACAUUAAGCCAAUGGAACCAAUCAACAGGUCCAUGCAUUACGCUCAAGGUUUCAUGCGCAGCCCCUACGCAUCUCCCGGGAAACCUAUCCCUAUUUCAAUGUCACAAAACCAGUGUUAUGCACUAACUGGCAUCACUCCAAACCGGAUGGGCUUCAACCGGUCACUCAUCGAGGCAAACAAAUUCUACUCAGGCUCGAUCAAGAGGGCCUUGUCGACUGGAUCUGGGAACAUGUCUUACGAUGAUUACAGCUCGGAUUACGAUACAUACGAUUACAUUUCCGGUUACAUGUCAGACGGGGAUAUUCUGAAAGGAAACAAGAUGGACGACAUGUCAUCUGGCUACAUGAGUGAGGGGGGAGCCUCGCUGUACGCACGACGUCUGCAGCAGAGGUUUCGGGAGGGAAUGCAGGCUGUCAAGGAGUGCAUGCAGAAAAACGAAAACAUGGGCGACGAAGGUGACAGUUUUGACGACAGCAGUUCAAUCAGCAGUGGCGAUAUCAGCGAUACGAUCAACGAAAUCAGCACAGAUGAAGGGAACCUGACGGGAGGGUCCAACCCUGAGGGAAACCCCUACAGCAGCUUGAAAAGGGGCCCCAAGGAUCUGUUCAGGAACCUAACAAAUGCUAAUCUGCAUUCUACCCCAGGAAAACGUGUCCCGAAUCUUGGCACAAGCGCGUUUAUGGGCACGGAUUACAUGAGCGAUGUUCCGAAACCUGGCGAAAGUCCACAUCAGCAGGUAGGAUUCCGGAAGUUUUCAUUGCAGAAUAACCGUCUGCUGAGCAGCGACCCCGCAGAUUAUUCCUAUCUGUACAAUGGCUACGACCAGUGGCGGGCAGGUCAAGGUCAUCAGGGGCCCAAUGGGGCAAUGUAUCAGACUGACCCCUCUGUAGGCCACCUGAGAAAACUCUCCCAACCAGACAUCCACUUCCGAUCUCAUAGUGCUGCAGGGGAUUAUUCAUCUAGUGAAAAAUCAUACCCGAGCACCAAAUGUGACUCUGAAACAAACACUGAGCAGUCACAUAUUAAUGACGCGAACAUUCGCAGAAUGCAGAACAUUCAAAAUGCCCGGGCAGCGGGUAUGCAGAUGGGUGGGGUUGGAUAUGGUUACCAUAGACGACCACUUAGCAACACGAGCACAGGCUCAGUAGGCAGUGCAAAGAGUGCUCCAGGGGGCCCCAUGGGUUCCCCAAUUCCUGGAAGCCCCGCAAAGUCUGGUUCCAACGCAGUCGGCUCUCGUCUGGCGAAACAUGGUCUCGAACAAAUCGCUCAACAAUAUCACGCUGCUACCUCAAAGCAAAGACAAGAGCAGAGCAUGGCUGCACAGAGCCAGAAGGCUAGUCAUCAGGACGGAAACAAGGUUCCAGAAUUCAGUAGUGCAUCAUUGGAAAGGAGAAACAAAUCAAGCAGUGCUGCCCAGACUGAGAUGGACAUGUUCAAAUCGAAUUCAUUAGGUCGCAGGAAAGGUGGACCUCAAAUGGUUCAAACGAGUGAUCAAAGUUCCAUGGCAAGUACAAUCAUAUCAAACCCUCAUGCAACGUACAGUCGCCCAGACGGCAGCAGGCACAACAGUCCGUACAGCUCCAUUCACAUCCCAGGGCCUGCUUAUGGGGGCAACUAUGUUCCUCUAGAAUUUGCAAUGGGAAGUCCGAGAAAUUCUGCAGCCACUGGAGGCUGGGUUCGAACAAACUCUGGUGCUAUCACGGCAGAUGGUCGUCAGAUCUAUCACCAUGUGUCUGACAGUGAAAGCAUGGAUGCCUUAUCGUCAGCAACCAGCAUCAGCGCAAGAAUCCAACAAGCGCGAGCCCUGAGCAGUGCAAAUGCCCGAAUCCUUGCCCAGUCUUCAACAUAUGGCCUUCAACGUUCAAACAGCAUGAAAUCCACAAAAUCCGAUUCGGCAUAUGCAAGUGCUCAUCAAAUGCAGCAGCACAUGGGAAUGGCACAUCCUCACUCAGAAAGUGAGCUUCCCAGCCCGCCAUCCCCGACAUCACCAACGCCUAGCAACAGCUCGCAUGCGUCGUCACGGUUUACGUUCCCAAUGUCGUAUGGGGCCAGCCCUGGGCAUGGACAGCCUAUGGUGAGGUCCAAUACAAGUAGCAGCCUGCCGUAUGGGACACCCCUGGCACUCUCCAAGAUAAACAGGGGAGAGGAGGAAGAUAGCUUGCAUGGAUCUUCUCUUAGCCUGGUGUCCAGUUCUUCAUCGGUUUACUCUACGGCUGAAGAAAAGCAGCAGGCAGAGAUCCGCAAGUUACGUCGAGAGCUGGAAGUGGCCUAUGAGAAGGUGACCACAUUGUCCACGCAGCUGAACACAAAUCAUCCAUAUGCAAACAUGUCCAUGGGAGGUGCCAAAUAUCAGAAGCGACCUAACAUUCCUGCCCAUGUGGUGGCAGCCUUUGAGCAGAGCUUGUCCAACAUGACGCACAGGUUGCAGCAUCUGACCAGCACCUCUGAGCAGAAGGAUUCUGAACUGAAUGAACUACGCGCCACAAUUGAAGCCCUCAAGCGUCAGAGCGGCCUUAGCAUACAGGAUCCGUUGAGCAAAGGUGGACGUGAUGGCUCGUCAGGCCGCCGGCACACAACGCCGGGCAUGCUGGGGAAGGACUUGAGCGCGCACCACCUGCAAGGUUCUAGAGUCUUCCAUACCCUGCCUAUGCCUGCUGAGGGUAGUAGAAUUCAGCGCCAGAUCUCCUCCGACUCCAUGUCAAGUAUCAACAGCAUGUCGAGCGCGUGUAGCUUCACAAGUCAGCAAUCGGCAGCCACUGAUGUGGAAGCUGCCAAGAAGAAGAAAAAGAAGGGCUGGCUUCGAAACUCAUUUAGCAAAGCGUUCAACAAUAAGAAGAAAACCCGAACUGGUGGGUCGCUAUCUGAUAACGAACAAGACACAAACAGUCUACGAUCAACCUUAUCGGUUCCAAACUCCCCACUGCUGCAAAUACACAUGCAGAACGGGCAACAUCCUCUCAUCAAGGGAAGCCACUCUUCUGGAGCAUUAUCCGAGGGUGAGGACUCUGUGACGAUUAUGGAGUUACGCAAACAGUUACGUGACAAGGACAUGAAGCUGACCGACAUCCGUCUGGAGGCAUUGUCGUCUGCACACCAGCUGGAACAGCUGCGAGAGGCCAUGAACAAAAUGAAGAAUGAAAUGUGUGCCUUAAAGUCAGAUAAUGACCGUCUGACGCGGAUGAUCCACUCGUCACACUCCCUGAACUCGUCACAGACGUCAUUGCCUCACCAGAGUCGCACCAGCAGUGAGUCACUGGAACGAACCAUCAGCCUCUCCGAAAACACUAGCCUGGCUGACCUGCUGAUUCAGGAGUCCCCAGAACGGUCUGAAGGUCGCAGGGUUCCUAUCAUGGUCUACCUGGGCUCGAACCCGGACCCCAACCGGGCACGUGUAGACAAAGCAGCAGAGGUUCCCAUAGGGUCCCUGGCUGUGAGCGGGAAGACCAAGUGGGACAUACUUGACAACAUCAUCAGGAAAAUAUUCAAGGAGUACGUGUUACGUAUAGACCCUGUGACAAACCUGGGUCUCAGCUCUGAAAGCGUGUACUCGUAUCAUAUCGGGGACAUCGUGCGCAGUAAAGAGACAGACGUACCGGAGCUGCUCCCCAUUGGCUACCUUGUGGGCGAUACUAUGCAAAUUGGAAUAUGUCUAAAAGGCACGAAACAAAACAGCGUGGACUCGCUGGCCUUUGAGACACUGAUACCGAAGUCGAUCGUGCAGCGCUACAUCUCCCUGCUGAUGGAACAUCGCAGGAUCAUCCUGUGUGGACCCAGCGGCACGGGGAAAACAUACCUUGCUCAAAAACUAGCGGAACAUCUCGUUCUUAGGUCUGGAAGGGAGCUAACUGCGGGCUCCGUGGCGACGUUCAACGUAGACCACAAGACGGCGAAGGAGCUCCGUCAGUACCUGGCGAACAUAGCGGAGCAGUGUGAGAACACGGGUGUGGGAGACCUACCCACAGUGAUCAUCCUGGACAACCUGCACCAUGUGGGGGCCCUGGGCGAGGUGUUCAACGGCUUCCUCAGCGUCAAGUACCAGAAAUGUCCAUAUAUCAUAGGCACUAUGAACCAGGCCACUUGCUCAACCACUAACUUGCAGCUGCACCACAACUUCAGGUGGGUGCUAUGUGCCAAUCAUAUGGAGCCCGUGAAGGGUUUCCUGGGGCGCUACCUGCGUCGUAGACUGGUUGAGGCGGAAGUGAUGACCAGCCUGCGCAACAAUGACCUCAACAAGAUCAUAGACUGGGUGCCCAAGGUCUGGCUUCACCUCAAUAAGUUCCUGGAGACGCACAGCUCUUCUGAUGUUACAAUAGGCCCAAGACUCUUCCUAUCAGCUCCCAUGGAGAUUGGUGGCUGCAAGAUCUGGUUCACAGACCUCUGGAACUACUCCAUAGUGCCCUACAUGCUGGAGGCAGUGCGCGAAGGACUUCAGGUGUAUGGAAAGAGGGCCCAGUGGGAGGACCCGUCAGACUGGGUCUUGGAGACGUUUCCAUGGGGCGUUGCUAAGGAUGAGCAGAUCCUGCUGAGGAUACGCCAGGAGGAUGUAGGCUAUGACAGCAUCGGACUGCUGUCCACGUCAGAGAAUAACAGUCCCAAAGUGGCCGUGAAAAAUAAAGAAGAGGGGUCUGUGAAUGAGUCCGAGGGAGACUCCAUGAUUAGUGAUGUGUAACCUUGGUCACUAUGGUGAUAUAUGUUACAUCAGUGUUACCAUGGAUCCAGGUUGAUUGUGACUUUGUUCAAACAUGUUUGCUAUGUUGAUAGAAGACAUUGGUGUAACUAAUGCUUUGUUGAUAGUUUAAAUUAAUAUUAGCAUGGCAAUGGAUGGAAUGUGUAAACUUGUUGCUAUAGGAAUUUACAAAUUGGUCUAAUUUCAUUGUUAUGGUGAUGGCCUACAUUUGUGUAACCAUCCUUGGGGUAUCUGUGGCCUGUUGCAAAUUAGUAUGCAGAGUUACAGUGUGGGAUCUGAUUGGACAGAUAACAGAAGGGAAAACACAGAGAACAAAAAGUGUGUUUACUCUAUGAUGACAUUGAACUGGACAAUACCGUUGUAUCACACAUAAUUUUGUGAUUUGACUGGUCUUCUCUGCUUAAUUUUAAAUUUCAAACUGAAUAAUUAUAGUUUAACUGGUGCACUUGUAGAUAGAAUCUAGGCAAGGAUUUUCUCAUUACAGUGAAUUUGUGAUACUACUAGUGCAGUGUCUUGUGUGAUAUGUGACACUAUCUCUCUCAAGACAGGAGUUGGACAGCCUUUGCCAUACUGGCAACUGAUUACUUAUGUGCAAUACAGGGUUGAAUGCAAUGUAGAUGCUGCCAAUUAUAUGGGCAUGGAUUGGCUGAGUAGCGUAGUUUGAUGUUAGAUACUUGAAAACCAGACGUGCCAACGUUCACAGACUAUUUAAUAUGAGACAUUUUAAUUGUUCUUAUGUUUGAAGUGGAAAGACAUUUAUAUUUAUAUUGUUUAGAUUUGGUUUUCAUAAACCAAAAUAUGUUUUAUGUUUUGUUUGAUGAGUGAUUUGUUCAUGUGAAUAACUCAGAUUAUUUACAAACAUUUAAGUAAUCAAAUGUUUGAGAUUGAUGAAAAUGUGUUUCCUUUAUCUGUUAUGAUUGGCAGUCAGAAUCCAUUUGUAGAACCGUUCACAGAAAUUUUCUGCUUUUUGCAGUAAUCAGUAAUUUAAAUAACAGGUAUUUUCAUUUCACAUAGCAUAGUUGGUUUAGGACCAAUCAUUUUAAUUAUUAGCACACGGUUUGUUCAUAAUGAUGAUUUAUUUUGCAUGCUUGUGAAUGUUUAUUUGUUUUGCACACUGCAUGAAUGUUGAGGGAAAUGUUUUGUCCCUAUUCCUUUAUCGUGUAAAGCUAUGGGAACACAAAUUCAAAUUCAGGUACAUUAAUUGCUUUUCAUUAGAAACAUUACCUGUACACAAAUUUCAGCAUGUGUUCCAAUUUCAGUUCCACACAACUGUCACUAUAUUCAUUGCCCGGAAUAAAAGUGCUAUAUAUGUAUGUGAUGUUUUGAACUGUUACUGGAAAUCCAAAUAUUUCUCUUGUAUACAAAGAUCCACAUUAUAUCAAACAGAUUACCGGUAAUGCUUGUUCAGUUUCUGUCAAUUUAAAACCAAUGAACUGGAAUAAAGAAAACAAUUUAGCUAAAUUAUUACUUAUUGACAUUUGAAUUAAUUUAAAAAAAUGUAUUGAUAUCAUUCAAAUAAUAACAAUCGGCUCAGUUUUGCAACAAUAUUUAAAAAAUAAUAAUAUUUUAUUGUUUUAUCAACAUCAGAACUAAUCCAUUGUUUUAUUAACAUCAGAACUAAUCUAUUUGACCAGAUGUUUUGUUGUGAACUUCAUUUCUUAACCCUUUACCACUUAGAAACGUAUUUUGACGCAUUUGUAGUCCCAUAGAAAGUUAAAUUUAAUUAAAGACCUUUCUUACUAAAUUCAAGUUUUAAAGGCUUCGUUUCCAACCCCUAUAAUACUGAUGAACAGCAAACAGCAUAAAACCUGAACAGACUAUGAGUUACUCGCAGGCUGUUCUGGUUUUAUGCUGUUUGCAUAUAGCCAUUUUCACUUUGCAUCUGAGUGGGAAAGGGUUAAUUGUGCUUAUUGAAGAGCAUAUAACUUGCAAUAUAUAUCUUGUAUGUGCAUAAACAUCAAUGUUACCAUCGUUAUUUUAGUUAUUGUUCAAAAUAUCAUUAUUGCUUGCUUUACAUCACUUUUGUGUAUCUUUCAUUUCAAAUUACCAUUUUGUAAUGUUUGCGUGGCAUAUUCUGGUAAUAAUGGAGAAUAUAAUGGCCAGAACAUGUGCUAACACGUCAUGCUUUAUAUCCGGUUGAUAAUGUUUUAUUAAGAUACAUUUUAUGCCCAUCUUGUCUGGUUUUAGAAAUAUUUAUUUUAUUUAUCUAUCAAUACAUGGUUUUCCUGUUUUAAUAGUGUUUUUCUUAAUUUAAAUUAUAUCUGAAAGAAUAAUUUUAAAUUCAAAAUUGAUUUUAAAUUAUACUUGGAACAAUUUUACAAUUUUUUUUCCAAACAACUUUAACAAGAUGAAUGGAACAUGUGUGUGGACAAAACUGGGUUUAUUUUUAUGCUAAGAAUUUAUGCAAUAUUGCAGCUUACAUGUGCAUUAUUAAGCUAUCUAGUAAGCUGAACGGUUAUGGUGGUGGUUAUUUCGUUUGCUUAAGAUUAUAGGCUUUAAUGUUAGUUUUGGAGCAAUGCACAGAUCAUUAAACAAUCUUUUUUGAAUGCUCAAAAGUAGUAUUUCAUAAAACUUAUUUAUUUCCUUAACAUAUCCUCAUUCAUUUCUUUUAUUUUGUAACAUCGACUGUGCAGAAUUGUCUAGUUUUCCGUUUUAUUACCGAAUGAAAAGUAUGCUGUGACAAAAAAACAACAGUUUGUUUCCAUAGCCAUGUUUGAUUUCAUUCAUUAUCAUUCGUUUACAUCGAACAGAAUAAUGAGUUAUGCUUUUGAUAAUUACCUACAAAUUUAUAAUACCCAUAUGUUCAUGUAGUGUCUGUUCAUUUCAUUUCUUCUUAAAGCACAGACUGGUGGGUAACUGCUAUACUGUGUUAUGGUAAGGAAGUAAAGAUCUUAAUAUGGGAAAGCAUUAUAAGAUAUGUUAAAAUCGCAAUAAAUAUUUAGCGUUUUGUGUUUGCAUUAUGCAUUAGUCACAGUGUUUAGAAAUUAUUAUAGAGGAAAAAAACAUAUUUAAGUACAUGGAGUUUUAACCAACUCUCACUGUUUAAAAUACUUGUAACAAAAAUUAUUUCUGGGUUAAAGCAAAAAAGAAAAGCUUUUACACCUCUGAUCCAAUGUUUUCUUGGCUUAAGAUCUUCUUUUCGUCAUCACCAUAGCUCUAUUGCAUAAAUCAUACAGCUAGAAAAUAGACACAUUGGUGUUCCUGGCCUUUUCAGCUUAGUGCCCUUAAUUUUGUACAGAAAUGACACAGUUGUCAAUUUUAUUUUGGGUAAACAUUAUUCCAAUUGCUUCCUAUGUGGAUUUUCAGUUUGCACGUUCAGUUUGCCGUUGAGUCUUUUUAAGAAAUUAAUAUGACAAAACCUUGUGUGUAUUUAGAAAAGUGUUCAAUUAUGGUUUGUUAACAGAAAUACUUGUGUUUAUUUCAUACAAGCUUCAGUUUGCUGUUAUCUUAUUCUAUGUUAAAGUUUGUUUGUCUAAUUGUAUUGCUAUUUCAUGCCCAAAUUUAUGUUUAUGUCAGUCAUACAUAACUGUGUAUUUAUGAUGAAGACUUUCUCCCUCUAAGAUGUACAAACUAUCGUUACACAUAUGAAUUUACUUAUUUGUUGUAAUUUAUAUGUAUAUGAUUCUGUUGAAAGUGUAAAUAUUAUCUGGCAUUUCUCAUGGUUUGGGAGGAUACUAAUGCACAUUAUAUAAUAUAAAUAUGUCAACAUUGCUGCAUUUAUUCAAACAUACUCUUGUCAUAUUGUGUGGUAAAGAGAAUACAAUGUUAUAAACCUGUUUUAAAACCA